AAAAAAAAAAAAGAGAGAGAGAGAGAAAAAAUCGAGCCACUCAAAAAAAAGGGAAAAAAAAAAUAACCAACCCAACCCCAGUCUUAGCGGAAACUUGUCAGAGAAUGCUCCUAAAGUCCGGUCUGCUGCUGCUGCUGCUGCUCAGAGCGUCCGCGCCGCACGAAGCCGAGCAGAAUGACUCCGUGAGCCCCAGGAAGGCGCGGGUGGCAGCGCAGAACUCAGCAGAGGUUGUCCGCUGCCUGAACAGCGCCCUCCAGGUGGGCUGCGGCGCCUUCGCCUGCCUGGAGAACUCCACGUGUGACACGGACGGGAUGUACGACAUCUGCAAAUCCUUCCUCUACAGCGCCGCAAAAUUCGACACUCAGGGAAAGGCUUUCGUGAAGGAGAGCCUCAAGUGCAUCGCCAACGGGGUGACGUCCAAGGUGUUCCUGGCCAUCCGCAGGUGCUCCACCUUCCAGAGGAUGAUCUCCGAGGUGCAGGAGGAGUGCUACAGCAAGCUGGACAUGUGCGGCAUCGCCCGGCGCAACCCCGAGGCCAUCACCGAGGUGGUGCAGCUCCCAAACCAGUUCUCAAACCGGUAUUACACCAAGCUGGUGAGGAGCCUGCUGGAGUGCGACGAGGCCACGGUGAGCACCAUCAAGGAGAGCCUGAUGGAGAAGCUGGGCCCCAGCAUGGCCAGCCUGUUCCACCUGCUGCAGAGCGACCACUGCGCCCAGGGCCCCCCGCGGGCCGAGUCCCUGCGCAGGAGGCUCUCGGAGCCGCAGAAGCUGAAGCUGCUCCUCAGGAACCUCCGAGGUGAGGGCUCGGCGCCGGCACACGCCAAGCGCGGCUCGGCCGAGCGCGCCUGACGCGGCCCGAGGGGAGGCCGAGCGCGACCAAAGCUGAGGGCUCUGCACCCCAAAGCCGCUGGACUGUCGGUGUUUUAGCCCCUCUGAGCUCCCCAAGGAGCCGGGUUUGGUUCCUUGGGGCAGGUUUAGUUCAUUUUUGCUCCUCCCGGGCGGCGCUCGGUGCGGCAGCCGAACGGCUCCGGCUCUUCUCUUCUCCCCACAAAAAAAAAAAAAAUCUAUUAGCCCACAAAAACAAACAAACAAAAAAAUCUUGGUUUUAAGUAGGUGGUCGGGCCUCCAUGCAGCAAAUUUUGGAGGUUUGUCCCCAAACUGGCACCACCCAGGCCUGGAGAUUUGGCACUGAGGGGAGGAGCAGCUCCUCUCCCUCACGCGGCCAAAGUUGCACUAAGAGCUCUUGCACAUCCCAAAAAUGUCCCGUGGGGUUCGUGUCAUGAAUCCGUGCUGGCCACGGAGGAACGCGGACGUCGCGUUCCUGCCCCUGCAGUGCCACGCUCAGUCCUAACCCUCCAGCAGAGCGCUGGGAGCGCGUUUAAACCGGGCUUUACCAAACUCCCUGCGCGGUUUAAGCCGCCAGGACCCGGCCCCACGGUGCAAAACGAGUCCAAACCACCCCAAAAACCCCCAAACCUGGAGAGGGACGUGUCCCACCUGGAGCUGGCCAGGAGGUGUCUGAUCGUGCGUUGUAUUUCAAAGCUCACAUCUCUGUACUGUAUUUAACCGCCUGAAGCUUUAAACGAAGCCUAACAGCAACAAAGCCUGUCUUAAGAUUAGAGUAUUAAAGGCCUUGCUCUAACUGUGGUAUAAAUAGUGCUAAAAUCUGUCUGUGCUGUCCAUGAACUCCGCCAGAGUCUGCUUCAAAGGAGCAGGACAGAAUAACUUUAUUGCCUAAACUGAGUUUUUUGUAAGUCAGCUCUUUCUUUGUUAUUGUUUUGUUUUUCUGGAAGCAGCACCUCUGUCAUAGUCAGGAGUUCACGUUCCACUCUGUGGCCUUUUCAGAGAGGAAGAGGGGAAAGGUUUAGGAUGGGAAUUGCAGGGCCAGGAACGGCCUGUCAGAGCUAAAAUUGAGGAAAAAUCCAGAAAAACCCCAAGGUCAGGCUGGUCAGUCCUGUCCCCACACGGGGCUGCCAGGAGAUGCACUUAGACCCGAGGCAGAGCCGCUGGGAAUUUCGGGAUCAUCAGAUCCUUUGGGAAAUUUUGGGAUCAUCAGAUCCUUUGGGAAAUUUCGGGAUCAUCAGAUCCUUUGGGAAAUUUCGGGAUCAUCAGAUCCUUUGGGAAAUUUCGGGAUCAUCAGAUCCUUUGGGAAUCUCAGAGGGGAAAGCUCCCAUGAGGAUCUCCGGGGAAAGGCAGGGAAAUCCCAGAUUCUCCUGAGCUCCAGCAGGAAAGCUGAGGAUGGGGAAUGAGGGCUCUGGGAGCUGCCUUUGCUCCAUCCUCCUCCUCCUCCUCCUCCUCAGCGGGCUCUGGGAGGAAGAGCAGAGCUGGGAGACCCCAAACCCCCUCCCCACCACAGCCCUGGUGAGGCCAAACCUCCCCUCUGUGGGGUGGGAUCCCCAGGCCAAUCCCAAAUCCAUCCCUGGAGCCUCUGCAGAGAGGGAAACUCUGCCUCAGACCAUUGGAGAGCUGAGGAAGGAGGGAUCUCUCUUUCUCAUGGAAACCUGAAGCAAUAGAACUUUAAUUUUUUUGUGUGUGUGUUGUUUGGAAAACCACAAAGCCUUUAAACCAGAACUUGCUGCUAAAAUAUCAAAACCAGGCGCAGUGGCAGCGUUUCAGAUGUCGCUGUCUUCACAAAAUGUCACCCAAAAGUGCUGGCAGAGAAUUGGAAACAGCAAAAAAAAGAAAAAAAACCAAAAAACCACCAAUGUUGCUGACACUGGUGGAAGAUCAGAAUUUGUGAUUUUAUUUUUUUGGGGAUACUCCAAAUGGGGCAAGGGCAAGGAAGAUGCAGAGCUGCUCCUUCCUGAACCAGGCAGGGAUUGAGAGGCUGACACGAAGAGGUUCUGAGAGGUGGAAACCAAAAUUUUCUGGAAUAUCCCAGCCCUAAAAUUGGGAUUACAUUUAGGAAUUGAUCCCAGCGGUGCCUCCCUGACUUCCUGUUGGGAGCCAGGGAAUCCCGCUGGGCUUUGUACAUCCAGUCCAUGCUUUUAUUUGGGAACGGGGCACAAAAAUCUUUCCCUGGCUCGGGGCAGUGGCCAAACCCCAGCUGGGAGGCUCAGCCCGUGCUCCAGAGCUCCCAGUCUGGGAUCCCAAAGGCUCCAAGAGCUCUCCCAGGACACUGGGCUGGGAUAUUCCCCAUGGAAAGCGGCUUCCUCACCCUCUCAUUUCUCUGCAACCCCAAAAGCAGAUUUGGAGCCCUGGACCUCCCAAUCCCACCAUUUUUGGGGGGAUUCCAUAAAGAAAUUCCCCUUCCCAGCAGUGAUUCCUCCUGAAUGUGGGCGGGCAGAGGAGUGGGGAGAGGAUUCCCCGUGCUGGGGUUUGCUGUGGUGCCCCAGGAAUUCCCCCUGAGCCACCCCUGUCCCAAAGAGCCACAAUUCCCAAUUUUUGAGCUGCUUUGAGGCCGCUUUGGUCCCCCCGCUGGGGCAGGGAGGAAUUUGGGAAUUUGGGGAUUUGGGAAUUUGGGGAUUUGGGAAUUUGGGGAUUUGGGAUGGCUCCUCCCUCCCCUCACCUGAGCUGGGCACUGCCAGCCCUCCCCGCUCAGGAGAGGGGUUUGGAGGCUCUUCCCACCCCUUGGGAAUGAAGGAAAAGUUCGGAUUUGGGCAUGAGAGACCCCUCGGGAUGGGGAACGAUCCCCCAGACCAAGCCCAGCGAUUUCACCUCCGAGUUCGGCUCUGCUUUAUUUUUUUUAGUCUCACACAAGGAUUUUUCUCUCGGGGCUGGGAGGGGCUUCCCUGGGAAGGUUUGCAUGAGUCUCGUGAUUUGUUUGCACUUUAGACGUUUUUGUGCCAUUAUAAAUUUGCGUUAUUUGUAUUUAUAAUUUAAAGAGACCUGGAAAAGGGAAAAGGGAGAGAGUUUGGGGGUUUUGGGGCGGGAGUUGGGUUUGUUUUUUAUUUUUUGCUGAUUACUGGAACAAACAGUGAGCAUAUCUGGUAUAUGUCCUUAUUUAUUGUUUCCGUGACAUUUGUAAAGCUCUGUGUGUUCAUAUAAAGGUUAUUUGAAACAUAUCAUAGCCAGGAGAGAGAGAGAGGCGAGUUAUUUUCUCUGCUUAUUUUUAUAAUUAAAGAUGCGUAACGUAACGAGGCCGACGUUGGAUUUUCUUCUGCAAUGAAAUAAAAAAUCAAAUUUAA